AUGACCACAGAGACCUUACCCAGCCGCAGGAGGUCUGCUCGGAUAGCACCACGAGCAUCCCUUCCUUCUGAUAGCCCUUCAACAUCUAUGCCACCUCCCAGCAUCCCAACUCCUUUGUCUCUGAACAGAUCCUCGACUCGUCUCCCGCCCCCUACUCUCACCUCGACUUCUCGCCUUCCUCCCCCUUCUCCUUCGCGCGCCCGCGCCGCUCAACUGGAAUCGAGCAACUCUGUCACUUCCUCUUCAAGCAAAUUUGAUGAAGUACGUUUUGCAGAAUACGUUAUCACUCCAUGGCAUUUCUCACCAUAUCCUCUCCCAGCUCUCGAAUCGUCUGGGAACUUGAUUAUGACCAGAAUUACUAAUACAUCGUCUAUAACUGUCCCAUCUGAAUUGACAUCUACCGCGAGGAAGAGAAAAACCUCAAUGGCUCCUCCUCCAGAUCCCAAAAGAAUGACGCCUGAUCCCAUCUCGAAACAGGUAGAGGAUCAUAGUGGACAAUCGCUCGGAAAACUCUAUGUUUGUGAUUUAUGUUUUAAAUACUUUCGUACUAAACCCGCAUGGCAGCAACACUACACAUCCUGCGAUCUGCUUCAGCCUCCGGGAAAGAGAGUUUAUCAGAAAGGUAGUUAUUCGAUUUACCAAGUGGACGGUGCGGAGGCGACUCUGUAUUGCCAGAAUCUUAGUCUAUUCGGAAAGCUGUUCAUCGAUGUCAAAUCGUUGUUCUUCCAUGUCAGUGACGAUGUUGAAGUUGUAGAACACUUCUUGUUCUAUGUUCUCUGCGAUGCGGCCACUUCGAAACGAGACCAGGUUAUGGCUUUCUUCUCAAAGGAAAAGUACUCCUACGACGACUAUAAUCUCGCCUGUAUCAUCACUUUCCCUCAAUAUCAAUCUCGUGGAUUUGGACGUUUACUCAUGGAAUUCAGUUAUCACCUCACCCUUCAUCCUUCCACCCGUCCUGCUUCUGGCUCACCUGGAACGCCCGAGCGCCCUCUAUCUGACCUAGGUCUGAAGAGCUACACUUCCUAUUGGAACUCCGUCAUUCUUCGGUUCUGUCGCACCCUCCUCCCUCCCGAUCCUCCACAGACAUCCAAAGCCACUCGAACCAGUAGACCUCGAAGGAGUAUCGCGUUAAAAUCUCAGGAGACUGUGGUGAAUGUGAACGGCGUCGACCUAGUCAAAAUACCCGAUGGAAACGGACAAGCCAUCCGUCUUACCCUUUCCCAAAUGUCCCAAGCAUGUCAUAUUCGACUAGACGACACCAUCUACGCUCUGUCCGAGCUUGGUUUUCUACGACAUCGACGAACUCACGAUAAGCAUCAAAACACACCAGGAGAAGAGAAGGGGGACUGGGAUAAUGUCGAGGUGGUGAUCUCUAGGGCGAUGGUGGAUGAUAUGUGGGUGAAAUGGAGAGUCAAGGAUCGCGACGAUCGAGGCGAGACGAUCGAGGCGAGACAGGAGGAGGAUAAGACGAUUUCUAGAGAAGUGAUGGGGACGAAUGACGCGGUUUGGAGUGUGAACGUGUGA